AUGUUUUAUCAACAGAUGAGAACCGAAAAAGGAAAAACCAUUACCCGUGAAUCUCUUAUUAAGCAAUAUUUGGAUUGUUUAAUUGAGGAUGAUGCAAAUAUUUUAUAUAAAAAAGAUGAAAAUCUGGGUGGAUUGUAUUUGGUUAAAUAUAGCGUACUGGGUGAAUCUUUAAAACAACAAGUUUUUGAAAAUAUUAUAUUAGAAAAAUACGGCAUAAAGGGGCAAAGAAUUGUGAAAGUAUUACAAGCAAAACAAAAAUUAGAUGAAAAAGCGAUUACUACAUUUACUUUGAUGAGUGUAACGGAUGUUCGACAGAAACUGACUGAAUUACUUAACGGUGGAAUUGCACAAGUUCAAGAAGUACCAAGAUCGGGAGAUCGAGCACCCUCGCGUACCUUUUUCUUUUGGUAUAUCGAUUACAACAAAUGUUAUGAAAUAAUUCUACAUAACUAUUACCGUACGCUUGCAAAUAUUCAUCAAGUCAGAUUUGAACAAGAAACUUCUGCAGCACGAUUAUUGGAUAAAAAAGAAAAAGAAGAUGCACUCAAACAAUUGAAUAAUAACACUUUCAUCCAAUUAUUGACAGAAAAUGAAACGAAAGCUUUGAAUGAGUUAGAAUUCAUUUUGACACAAUUAGAUACUGCUCAAUUGAGAAUUGUUCAAGAUAUAAUGUUAUUUAAAGAUUACAAGUAA